CGCUAUGUGCAGGGAAUAACGCCGGGGCCGUUGCCAGAGGGACACCGAGCGCUCCGCCCCCGCAUCCCGCGGGAUGCCGGCUCGCUGAGCACCCGCUAGCGACGGCCCCUCCCCGGCGCGGCGAAGCCUCCUCGGAGGGGUACAACAACAACAACAAAAAGACUAAAAGCAUGGAGUGGCAAAGAAGGAUGACGUAACUGUGCCAGGGAUUUAUCAGCUAAGCAGAAAAUGAGCUUAACAUCCUGGUUUUUGGUGAGCAGUGGAGGCACCCGACAUAGGCUGCCACGAGAAAUGAUUUUUGUUGGAAGAGAUGACUGUGAGCUGAUGUUACAGUCACGGAGUGUGGACAAGCAACAUGCUGUACUUAACUAUGAUGCCUCUACGGAUGAACACUUGGUGAAGGAUUUGGGCAGCUUGAAUGGGACAUUUGUGAAUGAUGUAAGGAUUCCAGAACAGACAUACAUCACUCUGAAGUUAGAAGAUAAAUUGAGAUUUGGAUAUGAUACUAAUCUUUUUACUGUUGUCAGGGGAGAGAUGAGAGUCCCUGAAGAAGCACUUAAGCAUGAAAAAUUCACAAGCCAACUCCAGUUAUCCCAAAAGUCUUCAGAGGCAGAAGGAUCGAAGCAAAGCAGCUCCAAAAGCCCAGAGUCCAAGGUAACAGACUCCACAGCUGAAGUGCACCACAAAACUACAGAAGCACUGAAAUCUGAAGAAAAAUCAAUGGAUCUUUCCGCCAUGCCUCGUGGGACACCGUUGUAUGGACAGCCAGCCUGGUGGGGUGACGAUGAAGCUGAUGAUAAAAGUGUCUGUAAGCCAGAUAGCAAGCAUGAAGAAAAAACACAUGAGGCAGGGGCUUCAGGAGGCAGCACAGAUGCCAAGCAAGCUGAGGAGCAGUCUGCAUCUGCAAGUGAAGAACUUUAUCCUUUCUGUAGGGAGCCAAGUUAUUUUGAAAUCCCUACCAAAGAAUUCCAACAAGCUUCACAGGUAGCAGAGAGCACUAUUCAUGAAAUUCCAACAAAAGACACCCAAAGCUCCCAUGCAGCAGCCACAGGGCAUGCUUCCUUUACCAUUGAAUUCGACGACAACACUCCUGGAAAAGUGAAGAUCAAAGAUCACGUGACAAAAUUCACAUCGGAGCAGCGUCACAAGUCAAAAAAACCUUCUUCCUCCAGUGGUCAGGACCUGCCUGGGCUUCAAACAGUGAUGAUGGCUGCAGAGAGCAAAGUAGCAGAUUGGCUAGCACAGAACAAUCCUCCUAGAAUGAUAUGGGAACCAACAGAGGAGGAUUCCAAAAGUAUUAAGAGUGAUGUUCCAGUGUACUUGAAGAGGCUGAAAGGGAAUAAGCAUGAUGAUGGUACACAAAGUGAUUCAGAAAAUAUUGGUGCACACCGGCAUUACAGUAAACGGGCAGCACUUGAAGAACACUUAAGACAUCAUCAUACAGAGCUGAAAAAGUCACACCAGAAAGUCCAUUCCACAGAAAAGCAGCAAGAGCAAGGCAGUUUGAGUCAGACUGCCUUUAUGAUUGAGUUUUUUGAUGAAGACCAUCCUCGAAAGAGACGUUCUUACUCUUUUUCUCAGAAUGUAGGAGCUCUGUGCCCAGAAUCUCCAUCUCCAACACCUCACACGCGAGCUGAAAAAGCGAAACCUACAUCAGGAGAGAAAGCAGUCCCUUCAUCUGUGCAAGCCAGCUCAUCACAUCACAGAGCAGUACAUGGUGUUCAUGCCAAACUUCUAAAACAAAAAUCAGAAGAACCCUCUGCUGCAUUACCUGCCUUACAAGCUGCGUUGUUAAGGAGUUCAGGAAGUCUUGGCCAUAGGCCUAAUCAGAACCAGGAGAUGGACAAAAAGUUGAAAAGCCAGCAUAUUUCUGCUGCUACUGAAAAGGACAAUGAGGAUGACCAGAGUGACAAAGGUACUUACACUAUUGAGUUGGAAAAUCCCAAUUCUGAAGAAAUGGAAGCCCGUAAAAUGAUUGACAAGGUAUUUGGAGUGGAUGACAGCCAGGAUUAUAAUAGGCCUGUUAUCAACGAGAACCAGAAAGAUUUAGUAAAAGAUUGGGCUAUAAAUUCUGCUACAGUAGUGCUGGAAGAAAAAAGACCACUGAGUACAACUGGAUUUCUUGACACAGAGGAAGGUUCUGCUAAUCCUGGAGGUAAACGUUGGGUUUCGCAGUGGGCCAGUUUGGCUGCUAAUCACACACGUCAUGACGAAGAUGACAUGAGAUUGGAAUCAUCUGUGCCUGCUCCAUUAGAAAAUGACACAGACAUCAGUGAGUCUGGUAUUUCUGUUAGAAGUGCUGGUUCAGCUGCUUCUAUGACCAGCCAAGGUGAGCGAAAGAGGAGGACACUUCCGCAGCUUCCCAAAGAGGAGAAAGUGAAUGAAAACUCAAAAGCAAAAGCUACAUCUCAUCAGAGGUCAGAAAUAGGUGAAAAGCAAGACACUGAACUUCAGGAGAAAGAAACUCCGGGUCAUGCCUCAGAUGCAAAGUCAAUCAGAACGAUGAAUGGUCUUUCACCCAGAGCUAAUGGAGACAAAGUUUUUUCUUUCCCCAGCUCUUCCAGUAAAGAGAGAGUUGAAACUGGCAGAGAAACUUCUGUGGUGAAACAAGCUUUAGCAAAAAUUCAACAACAAGAAAGAAAGGAGCAAGGACACUGGACACCCACAAAAUUAUCCUCUACAAAAUCUGCUGCAAAUCAGGUUGAGAAAGGUAGGGAGGAGACUGUUACGUCACCUAAAACUUUGGAUAAUCAAGACAAUCCUCCUGGACAUGUUACAGAUAAAGCAGAAAUUAAAUUGGCACAGAUUGAGGGCAGAAGAAGAAAAAAUGAGGAAAUUAUUAGAGGACACAGCCCUAAAACACCUGGAGGAGAAAAAAAGGAGUCUUCAAAACCAUUAGUGAGACAAGGUAGCUUUACAAUAGAUAAGCCUAGCACAAAUAUACCUAUAGAACUUAUUCCUCACAUUAAUAAGCAAAGUGGAUCUGCUGCCCCUUUAGCAUCUGCAAACAGGAUACGUGACAGAAGUGAUUCAAUGGACACUGAUUCCAGUCUAGAUACAACACUCAUUUUAAAAGACACAGAAGCUGUGAUGGCUUUCCUUGAAGCUAAAUUGCGUGAAGAAAAUAAAACUGAUGAAGGUCCUGACACUCCUAGUUAUAACAGAGAUAAUUCCAUAUCACCAGAAUCAGAUGUCGAUACAGCCAGCACAAUCAGUCUCGUUACUGGUGACACUGAAAGAAAAUCCACGCAGAAACGGAAGAGCUUUACAACCUUAUAUAAAGAUAGAUGUUCCACUGGUUCCCCUUCAAAGGAUGUUUUAAAAUCUUCUACAGCAAGUGCCAGGGAAAAGAUGGAAAAGAAAACUAAAAGUCGAUCUUCAGAUGGUGGGUCUAGAGCUGAUGCUCGCAAAACUGUGCAAUCCAGCGGAAGAAUGAGACAACCAUCAGUAGAUUUAACAGAUGAUGACCAAACAUCUAGUGUACCUCAUUCUGCCAUUUCUGAUAUCUUAUCAUCUGACCAGGAAACCUACUCUGGCAAAUCACAUGGAAGAGUUCCUUUUGCCUCAGCAGAUGAACUUUUACAUUCCAAGAUGGAAGGAAAGUCAACUAAGUCAAAAACCUCUCCUGUUGCACUUGGUCAAUCUAGUAAAUCUACCACUCUUCCAAGACCUCGUCCCACAAGGACUUCUCUCUUGCGCAGAGCACGGCUUGGUGAAGUCUCAGAUAGCGAGCUCGCUGAUGCCGAUAAGGCUUCAGUGGCUUCCGAAGUGUCCACUACAAGUUCUACGUCAAAACCUCCAUCAGGGAGGAGAAAUAUUUCCAGAAUAGACUUACUUGCUCAACCUCGCAGAAAUCGACUUGGCUCUUUAUCAGCACGUAGUGAUUCUGAAGCAACAAUAACUAGAAGCACUGCCUCAUCUCGUACCCCAGAAGCUAUUAUCAGAAGUGGUUCAAGGUUGCUAGCAGGAGGAGAUGGCGGUAAAGUUUCUGCUAGAACUCGAGCCAAUAGCAUUUCUCGACUUUCAGAUUCAAAAUCCAAAUCCUUGGCUUCAGCACAUAAUUCUCCCUCAGAGAAAUCCAAGCUUCUCCCAGACCCAGAUCCUGAUGUUGAAACUUACAGUGUAAGUGCAAGAUGGAGGCGCUUUCCUACAGAUUAUGCUUCCACCUCAGAAGAUGAAUUCGGAUCAAACCGUAAUUCCCCUAAACAUACCCGUCUACGUACCUCUCCAGCCCUGAAAACCACACGACUGCAGAGCUCUGGGACAGCAACUCAAAGUAGCAAUACAUUCAAGCACAGAAUAAAGGAACAGGAAGACUACAUUCGUGACUGGACAGCUCACCGAGAAGAGAUAGCAAGGAUCAGUCAAGAUCUGGCUCUCAUCGCACGGGAAAUCAACGAUGUAGCAGGAGAGAUAGAUUCAGUGACUUCAUCAGGCACUGCCCCCAGUACCACAGUAAGCACUGCUGCCACCACCCCUGGCUCUGCCAUAGACACUAGAGAAGAGGUAGGAGAUCUUCAUGGAGAAAUGCAUAAGUUGGUGGACCGCGUAUUUGAUGAAAGUCUCAAUUUCAGAAAAAUCCCUCCAGUAGUGCAUUCAAAACCACCAGAGGGGAAUGGUCGGCCUAGUGAUGCUAGACCUCAGCUAACAGAUGCCCUCGAUCCCCCAACAAUUACCCGGAGAAGGACUUGGAGCAGAGAUGAAGUUAUGGGGGAUAGUUUGCUGUUGUCCUCAGUCUUCCAGUUUUCUCGCAAGAUAAGACAAUCCAUAGACAAAACAGCUGGCAAAAUCAGAAUAUUAUUUAAGGACAAAGAUAGAAACUGGGAAGAAAUUGAAAACAAGUUGCGAGCUGAAAGUGAAGUUCCUAUUGUGAAAACAUCAAGCAUGGAAAUAUCAUCAAUCUUACAGGAACUGAAACGAGUAGAGAAACAGCUGCAAGCAAUUAAUGCUAUGAUUGACCCUGAUGGUACCCUGGAUGCUUUGAGCAACUUGGGAUUCGCCAGCCCCAUCUUACCAGCUCAGCCGAAGCCGAAGUCCAGUCCUGUUUCCCAAGGUACCCGCGCUCAAGCGCAGCCAAACUGCCAGCCCGAAGCUCGGGCUGUUCGACCUGCCACUGGCCCUGUUGCACCUGAAUUUGAAAAUGCUGAAUCUGAGGCAGAUUUCAGCAUACAUUUCAAUAGGUUUAACCCAGAUGGGGAAGAGGAAGAUGCCACCCUGCGUGAGUGACAUCUCGGUGUUUGAUACAAAAACCUUUCAUGUGGAAUGUUUAGAAAUCAAGGAAAAAUUAUAAUAUUGGUUUUUAUAAUU